AUGUGCCACGUGGGUUAUGCAUUGAUCGAGCUUCUGGAGAAUGUCACGCGCAAGUUGGAGCGUGAAUGCCACCACGUUAAUACUUUAAAUUCACAUGGGAAGCGGGAGAUUGCUGAACGACAGCGUUUCAAAGUCAAAUCUCAAUUUCUUAGUGAAAAAAAAAUCGACAUUGAGAUUGAUCCCAUGGACAAGAUUGAACAGAUCAAAGAAGGAAUCGAAGAGGAAAUAGGCAUUCCUUCUGAUGAUUUAACCGCCGAACAUUAUAACCGACUACGUGGUAGUGUUAUUCAUCGUUUUUGA